UUACAUUUCAAUUUAGAUAGUUGCACUCAUUUUUUUUUUAUUGUUUAUUUCCAGAUAUACGACAUCCGGUGGUUGGGAGUUCGUGAAAAGUUUGAAUGUUGGACGAUACCUAGCCGGUGCAGUGACUUUGAAUGGUAAAAUUUACGUAGUGAGCGGUACAUAUAAUAAAGGGUGCUUAAAAUCUGUCGAAUGCUACAACCCGGAUUCGAAUACUUGGACUUCUUGUGCGGAUAUGAUAAAUUAUUACCAGCAACCUGGUGUAGCUGUACAUAACGGUCACAUUUAUGUUGCACGCGGUAAAAGUUUUGAACGUUACGAUCCUCAGCGAAACAUGUGGUCUCAGCUUUGCUCUUUGAAAGGUUUCUAUAAAACUUUAGUAUCGCUGGACAAUAAACUAUGGACUAUUUGGGAGCUCUCAAUAUUAUCGAAUGCAUGUGUAUCAGUCUAUGACGAGUAUAAUGACCGUUGGAAAGAAAAGUGCUCAACUCCCAACAUUUCCAUGCCUAAAUGUUUUGUUGUGCCAGAAUCCUUACUGUCCGACGACAAUGAUUAAAAAUUGUACCUUUUUUUAUUGAAUAAAUUCUU